CCCCUCCGCCUCCGCUGAGAAAUGGCCGCAUCGCUGUAGUGGGUGAAGUCCGCUCUACUGACUAACCGAGAAGCUGACGAUUCAAACAGACAAUCAGUUGCUGAAGCAGGAAGUCGGAGUUGGGCGUCUCUGUGGGAAAGACUCAAAGAAAUACCAGCAUUUACCCCACCCACCGCACACUGUCGACUGAGGAACCUGCAGAGCCUGUCUGAGCUUGUCAGUAGCCGCAGCUUUAGUGGAGGAUUGGUGCGAUGGCUUUGUUGACCCUGCACAGGAAUCCAUCUCUCUCCACUGGUCCAGAUGAAAGCCUCCAAAGAAGAGGGAGACUUCAGAAAAGGGAGAGCUUUGCCCUCGUGAAGGGGGCGGUGCUUCUGCUGGAAGAAGGCGAGGAAGUAGACGGCCAUGAUGAGACCCCUCCCUCUCCAUCUUCCCCAGUGGAGCAUAGCGGUGGAGCUUCAGAAACCCGACACAGACAUCUGCAUGCCAUGAUUGAGCAGCUCAGGCCAGAAGAUACCAUCCAGCUGGCAGUGCAGUUGGAGUCCAUCAACCCUGCUAGAGUUCGGUACCUGAUUGUCGUUUCCACCCUUGGCAGCAAACAUGAGAGCAUCCUGCUGGGCAUAGAUUUCCCCAACUUAGACAGUGAUCAGUGCACCAUCGGCUUGGUUUUGCCGGUAUGGAGCGACACACAGGUUUAUCUGGAUGGAGAUGGUGGUUUUAGUGUGACCUCAGCAGAGGUGACCAGGAUUUUUAAGCCCGUCUCCAUGCAGACCAUGUGGUCAGUGCUGCAGGCGUUGCACGGCUGUUGUGAGCGGGCGGUCAAGGCAGCAGUGAUCCCAGGCUGUGGUCUGGAUUGGGCCCAGCACUACUACAAUCACGUCGAGUCAGAUCGCUUCUGCCUCAAUGAAUGGGAGGUCAUGGACGACUUGCACUCGGUCCGCAAGGACUGUAUUGGACAGAGGUCGGAAGACAGACUCACCAAGGAGGCGCUGAUCAAAGAGCACCUGAGAGACAUUAUGAGGACUGAGGAUCUGGACAACAUCACAUCUAAAAUGGUGAAGACUUCCCUAGAGUCCAGAGUAGGCUUUGAUAUGAGACCUUUCAAGGAAUACAUUGACAAUGAGAUCCUGGUCACUAUGGCUCAGAUGGACAAACCCUCUAAAAUAUUUGACUAUCUUUACCUGGGUUCUGAGUGGAACGCGGCCAACUUUGAGGAGCUGCAGAAAAACAAUGUCGGCUACAUUUUGAAUGUGACCAGAGAGAUCGACAACUUUUUCCCCGAGUCUUUCACUUACAUGAACAUCAGAGUGCACGAUGUUGAAGCCACUGACCUGCUCUGCCACUGGCCAGACACGUACAACUUCAUCAGCAAGGCAAGGAAGAGUGGACAGGCAGUGUUGGUGCACUGUAAGAUGGGCAUUUCCCGCUCUUCAUCCACGGUGAUGGCCUAUGCCAUGAAGCAGCAGCGUUGGUCGUUGGAUGUGGCGAUGGCCUACGUUAGGGAUUGCCGGCCCAUUGUGAAGCCCAAUGAAGGUUUCAUGAAGCAGCUUCAGACCUACAAUGGCAUCCUCAAUGCAAGUCAGCAGCGUCACAACACGCUCUGGAGGAGAAAGUCAAGAGACCAGAGACAGAAGUCUGUGCGCAAAGAGGAGGAAGGAGAGGAGGAUGAGGAGGAGGAAGAAGAGGAGGAGGAGGAGGAGGAGGAUCUUGAAGAGGAGGAAGAGAGCUCAGAGGAAAAAGAUGAACUAGAGCUCUUAAACAUUCUCAAACGCACACAGGUGUUUGAAAAACCUGCCUCCGUGUCUGACACCAGCAAGGAGCCUGUGCAGACAGCACCACCUGCUGUUGGUCCCAUUAUAAGUGUGAAUGAACCAGAAAAGGUCACUCCCAGUGUUAAUCGCAGCGGCAGGAUGAACCUCCUAUCCUUCAUGCAGUCCAUCAGUGAACUGGAUGAUGAUGAUAAGGGUCAUGAGCAGCUUCCUGCCAGUCCAAGGCGCUCUCCAAGACAGCGGAAGCGAAGCCAUGGCCGUCGAGGUCUGACUCACCAGAACGCAUGUGUCGAUGUUUCACCAGAACCACGCAGCCUAGCAGAUGCUGGGCAGAGUAAACCCUAACGUGAUCAAAGACAUGGUGGAGCAAGGAGAGGGUCCUGGGAAGGUGGCAAAGUUGAGGACAAACAUGGUGGUGUUCAGAUUCUUGAACACAAAUCCUGCCACAUCUGCUAUUUUAGAUGUUGGAAGAUGUAAUUUAUGUUUUGAAGGUAAUUUUAAUUGCAUGAAAAUGCAAUAUCGCUACACCAGUGAAAGCCAGAAUAACUCAUUGAUACUUGUAUUAUUAAAAUGUUCUAUUACACAGAGACUUACCAGUCUCUCUGUCCAUGUAACCACCCUUGCCACCUUUCCUUCUCCAGCUCUUGUUACCACUCCAGAGAUAUCUAUGCAAUUAGAGUUCUCGUUUACUGUUCUCUAUAAAUUAAACUGCCAGUCUAAGGUAGGUUUUCAAUGUUCUGCAUUUUCUCUCUUUUAUCUGAAGGUUAUUUUACAGAUGUGCAUUGCUCACAGAAUGGAGGAUUUUACUGUGUCUAAGAUGUGCAUUACAGACCAAGUCAGGGCCAGUUUUAUGGCACAAGCCUGUUUGCCAAACUGUGUUCCAGUGUGCCAAUGAAUAUGCAGAAUAUUUCAAUGAAAAUAUUUAUCAUAUCACCAUUUCACCAAUUUCACUUUGUGAAUUGUAUUUUAACACCAGAACUGUGCGAGUGCCUCCAACCUGAGAAUGAACUACAAAUCCAUUGCUGGUGUCUUGAAUGAUUUUACCGUGUUGUGGCUCAACAUUAUAUACACCCUGUUGUAUUUCUCACCUGGUGUGAUUGCAGUAUAAAUGUGAUCUCCUGAAGUUAAGCAUAUGUAUGCAUUAAAACUUUUCUAUACACCCACAGAUAGUGUAUAUAUAUAUGUAUAUACAUACUGUAUCAACACAACUGCUGAAUUAGAUGUGUAUUAUUUGCUUUACAGCAGCUUGAGAGCAAAUUGUUCAUUAUUUAAAUGAACAUUUAAUACACAAAUUAUCAAUAUAUUGUUUUCAAAUUUCUGAUCGCGAGAUGCUGAUGUGGAAGAUUUCAUGCUGGUAUGACAACAGCGUACAUAGCAGUUACCCUGCAUGCUCAGUUGGGGGGGGGGGGAAGCAGAAACCAUGCACUUUAAAAUACCAUAACACACACUGUUCCCACUGCUGAGCCAACAUCAUGCUGUGCUAUGAUCAAAUUGUUGUUUUUUUUAUUUAAGUCCACAUCUCUAUGCAUUGUUGCUUUAAUCUCACAACUUUCUGCACCUCACUCUUGUUUACAACAAAAACUAUGAGUGAAAAAUAAUAAAAAUAUCAAACCACCCA